AUGACAUCCUUACAGCGACUUCCAGGCCCUCAGAUGUACACCAUCGGGUGGAUCACCGCUCUUGACAAGGAGCUCACCGCAGCACAGGCUGUGCUCGACGAAGAGCACCAGAAGCCAGAAAACUUCAGAAAGCACCCGAAAGACACAAACAGCUAUGUCUGGGGUCGGAUUGGAGACCACAAUGUGGUCAUCGCCUCGCUAGCCGCCGGAAAGUACGGCACUGUGUCCGCAGCGACGACCGCGUGGAGCAUGAUCAGCUCUCUUCCGCAUCUUCGGUUCGGCCUCAUGGUCGGCAUCGGCGCCGGCAUUCCCAAGCUGGCAGACAACACCGAUAUCCGUCUCGGCGAUGUUGUCGUCAGCCAGCCGACCGGUACAAGCCCGGGAGUUGUACAGUACGAUGUAGGGAAGCUGGAAAACGACGGCCAGUUCAGACGUGUCGGUUCUCUCGCCCCUCCGCCCGAGGUCCUUCUCAAAGGAUUAGCAGCACUGAAGGCCAAAAGAAGACUCAAAGGACCCCAGAUACGCAGCAUUUUGGACGAUAUGCUCCAGCGACACCCGCUCUUAGCAGAGGCAGAACCUGAUGACGCUGCGUACGUUUACCAAGGGGCACACAACGACCGGCUAUUUGAAGCAUCCUCGAUACACGUCCAGCGCCCAAAUCGACAAACCACAGUGCCUUCGACAAGAGCCGUUCCGCAUGAUAUCAGUAAGCUCUAUUUUCAGUUAGCGCUGGCCUGGAUUUGCUCGUUCUUCUGGCUUGUCUAUGACUCUGUGGGAAAGCUUGCCGGUACGAAUGUUGCCAAGACGAGCCAGCCAUCCGACGGUACAGGUUGUCCAGAGUUCAGCCAGACAAGAGCUUGUGCGCAUUGCGAUCCUUGGAAAGAAAUAGGGCGACCAGAGCGCCGGUCUACGGAUCCGGUAGUUCACUACGGCGUCAUUGCUUCCGGCACCUCCGUCAUAAAGGACGGCAUUUCCCGGGACGAAAUCGCACAGCGACUUGGAGACAAGUGCAUCUGCUUCGAGAUGGAGGCGGCUGGUCUGAUGGACAACUUCCCUUGCCUCGUAAUCAGAGGGAUCUGCAACUAUGCGGACACUCAUAAGAACGAUCGUUGGCAGAACUACUCUGCAGCAACAGCCGCCGCAUUUGCAAAGGAAUUGCUGCAAGUUAUCGACAGCGAGGAUGUAGAGAGCGCCUCGAGAAUCGAUGAGAUCAUGGAAAAGCUGUGUGAAGAUAUGUCUCAAAUCCACUCAACCACGAACCACAUGCAACAAAGCCUCCAUCUCCGGGAAGUCAUGAAGUGGCUCGCUCCACCGGAUCCAUCAGCAAAUAACAACAAGGCCUUGCAGCAGCGUCAUGAAGGCACAGGUCAGUGGUUCCUCGAAAGCGAUGAAUACUUGAAGUGGAAAACAACGCCGAAGUCCUCUUUAUGGCUCCACGGCGUUCCGGGCUGCGGAAAAACAAUCCUAAGUUCGACUGUUAUCAAGGACCUUAGCAACACCAAAUCUUAUUCUCAGCGUCUCCUCUACUUUUACUUCGACUUUACCGACACUAGCAAGCAAUCUCUCGAGAAAGCGAUUCGGUCGCUGAUUGCUCAGCUUUACCGCAAAAGUCACGACGUCCAGACGCACCUGGACUCACUUUACUCCUCUUGCAAAAGUGGUUCACAACAGCCUAGUAUUGACUUGCUGAGCUCGACCUUCGAAGGCAUGGCUCAGCAGAUCGGCGAAGUAUGGAUCGUCCUGGAUGCACUCGAUGAAUGCCAGGCGAGAACAGGCCUGAGAAACGAAGGAUUGUUACACUGGAUUGAGAGUGUUCUAAACUCAUCGCAAGUAAAUGCGCACCUUCUUGUCACGAGUCGCCCUGAACAUGAUAUUAAAUCAGCUUUGGAAAGAUAUGUCGAUGAUCAGAUCAUUCUCCAGAGCGACCUUGUCACGGAAGACAUACGUGCGUAUGUCCAUGGAACAGUGAGACAACACGAAGGAUUUAAGAGGUGGCGAACGCGGGAAGGAAUUCAUAAUGAGAUCGAAAGCCACCUGAUAGAGAAAGCUAACGGAAUGUUUCGCUGGGUUUCGUGCCAACUCGACGCCCUCGAAAAAUGCCCCGAUCCCCUCAGUCUUCGACAGACGCUGCGAUCAUUACCAAGGACACUAGAUGAGACUUACGCGCGAGUUCUAAGCAGAAUUCCGCCUGAAUUCGAACAGAAUGCCAAACGACUACUACAAUUUCUUGCUUAUUCCGAACGACCGCUUCGAAUUGAAGAAGCUGUUGACGUCAUUACCGUGGCCAUCGAAAACAAGCCCAGGUUUGACGCAAAGAACAGAAUGCCACAACCAGACGAAAUAGCUAUCUACUGUUCAAGCUUAGUGGCUGUUGUCACUCGAAGCGGUAGCGACGGAGGUAGUGAGGGCAGAGAGCUACAGCUUGCGCAUUUCUCAGUGAAGGAAUACCUAACGUCCGACCGACUAGAGCAAAACAUAUCUGAAGCCUUCAGAGAGCCACUAGCCAGGGCUGAUAUUACAGAAGUCUGUCUUGCGUACCUGUUGGAGCUAGACCACAGCAUUUCGCUGCUGGAAGUCAGAGAGUCAUACCCAUUCGCGCAGUAUGCUGCACGGUACUGGAUGAACCACGCUACCCAAGCCGAUACCAGCAGAGUCGUUCGGCUCAUUAGAGAGUUUUGCCUCCAUAAAGAAUCUCACAAAACGUGUCACAGACUCUAUAACCCAGAUCGUCCAUGGGAAGUAGAACCAAAGGUUCCUCAGAAAGAAAGGCCUCCUCUCUUGUACUGUGUAGCACUUGGAGGGAUCCUGUGCGCAAUAGAGGAGAUAUUGAAAAGCGGAGCAGACGUCAACGCCCAAGGUGGUACUUACGGCAAUGCUCUUCAAGCCGCUUCAUAUAAAGGGGACAGGGAUGUCAUCCAGAUGCUCCUCAACAAGGGAGCAGACGUCAACGCCCAGGGUGGUAUUUACGGCAAUGCUCUUCAAGCUGCUUCAUAUAAAGGGGACAGGGAGGUCAUCCAGAUGCUCCUCAACAAGGGAGCAGACGUCAACGCCCAGGGUGGUAUUUACGGCAAUGCUCUUCAAGCUGCUUCAUAUAAAGGGGACAGGGAGGUCAUCCAGAUGCUCCUCAACAAGGGAGCAGACGUCACUGCCGAUGAGGCUGGGUGGACACCACUCAUUCUGGCAUCAGACAACGGCCAUCUUAAGGUGGUCAAGCUGCUUCUUGACAGGGGAGCUGACAUCACGGUUGCUGAUGAGGGCGGGCGGACACCACUCAAUGCAGCCUCAAGCAAUGGUCACUUGGAGAUAGUUAAGCUGCUUCUCGAUGAGGGAGCUGACAUCACGGUCGCCACCAAGGACGGACCCAUACCGCUUGUUUCAGCCUCAUGUAACGGCCAUCUCGAGGUGGUCAAGCUGCUUCUUGACAGGGGGGCUGACAUCACAGUUGCUAAUGAGGGCGGGUGGACACCACUCAUUGCAGCAUCAGACUCCGGCCAUCUUGAGGUGGUUAAGCUGCUUCUCAACAAGGGAGCAGACGUCUAUAGUAUAGACAACGAUGGUCGCACAGCUAUUUUCCACGCAGCGAUGCAAGGACAUCACAAAACUGUGCUGAUUUUGCUCUCCAAGAAGGCACUGGUGAACUCUAAAGACUGUUACAACGCAGGACCACUGAUUGUAGCCUCAAUAAAAGGACACGGAGACACAGUAGAGCUUUUGGCUGCAGAAUAUGGGCACAGAAGCAUUGCCAAGAUGCUCCUCGACGCAAGGAACGUCGACGUCAACUUACAAGACAAACACAACCGAUCGCCACUCUCGUGGGCUACAGAGUAUGGACACGAAAGCGUCGUCAAGAUGCUCCUCGAUACAGGGAAGAUUGAAGUUGACUCAAAAGACGCAAAGUAUAACCAGACGCCGUUAUCGUAG